AUGCCAACUGGUUCAGAUCGUCUCCGUAGUCGUUCACCCAUUGGCUAUGGAGGUGGAAGUUCGCGAAGAUCGGUCUCUCCACCCAGACCAAGGGGGGAUGGCCCCGUCAACCUACGUGAUCGGCCGAUCGUCUCCGGUCCACCCGUCAGGCCCCGCCACGCACCACAAGAUGUACAGCCUACUAACGUCCUCGGUGUCUUUGGUCUCUCAAUCCGCACUCGCGAGGCUGACCUGGAAGCCGAGUUUAGUCGCUAUGGCAAGGUCGAGAAAGUCGUGAUUGUUUAUGACCAACGAAGUGAUCGGUCCCGUGGCUUUGGCUUCGUCACAAUGAGAGACGUCCAGGAUGCCUCGGCUUGCAUUUCAGAAUUGAAUGGUCUGGAUCUUCAUGGCCGGCCAAUUCGCGUGGAUUAUUCGGUUACCACCAAGCCCCAUCAACCCACACCAGGGCAGUAUAUGGGCAGCAAACGAGAAGAGGACGAGCGUGCAGGCUACGACCGAUGGGGUGGUCCACCUCCUCAUGGCUUCGGCCGCGGCCCUCCAGGAUACCCCAGCCAUGGUGGUGGCGGUUAUCGUCGGGAUGAUUAUCGUCGGGACGAUCCUUACGCUGGUGGCUACAGCCGUGGUCGCGAUGAUGGAGCGUACCGAAGCUAUCGGGAUUUUGAUCGACGGCCUUCCCCUCGACGAUCAAGAUACGAUGACAGUCCAGGUCGUGUCCCCCGUCGACGUCGCUCCCUCUCCAGAUCCCGCUCCCCAAUCCCUCGUGGCCCUGCCCGCAGAGGCUCACCCCGGGAAUACGAUGAGCCCCCGAAUGGAGUGAUUCCAAACGGCAACGGUCUCAGCGUCGCUCCUCCGCCCCCACCACCUGCAGAAGCUGCAAGGUGGUGA